UUGUUUGUUAGGAGCCAGCGUACUCCACUACUCCCAAGCAAAACAAACACGACCGGAAUCGGGAAUAAGGUAUUCUCGUCUGUCUCUGCCUGCCUGGUCGUAGCCUAUUAUAACAUCCGCGGGAAAGCUCGAAGUGGCGAUAACUCGUCUUCCGUAAAUUAGUGCAGAUGGUUUGUGAAAAUUGAUAGGCAGAUCGACAAUUUGUGGAACUAUCUUUCUCUACUUUAAUUUAAUUUUUUCAUUCGGAGCAAUCUGCUUCAAGUUUCGGAGGGCGAUGGCUUCCCUUUUCAAGGAUCCAUCAAAGCUUUCAGCAUAUAGGGAUAGAAGAUUUACCGGAUCACAAGAGGAAUUUGAACAUGCACUUCAGACAUCAACGACUGUGUAUGUGGGUAAUAUGUCUUUCUACACUACGGAAGAGCAAGUUUAUGAGAUUUUCUCCCGAGCUGGGGAGAUUAAGAAGAUAAUUAUGGGUUUGGAUAAGAACACGAAAACGCCUUGCGGCUUUUGUUUUGUCUUGUACUAUUCUCGAGAAGACAGUGAGGAUUCUUGCAAGUAUAUAAGUGGGACAAUUCUUGAUGAUCGUCCUAUUCGUGUGGAUUUUGAUUGGGGAUUCCAAGAAGGAAGGCAAUGGGGCCGUGGUCGAAGUGGUGGACAGGUGCGCGAUGAAUAUCGUACUGAUUAUGAUCCUGCUAGAGGCGGUUAUGGAAAGUUAGUUCAGAGGGAGCUGGAAGCACAAAGGCAGCUUGUAGAUUAUGGUGGCGAUUCAUUGGGCUCUUUCCCACCAGUUAUAACACCUCAGUAUGGUAGACGCGGCGGAAGCCAUGGUCAUGGAGGUUCUUAUCGUAGAGAUUACCAACGAAAACGACAACGAGAUGAUGACCUCCACGGGCAUGAGACCUCAAAGAGAACUUCAGAUCAUGAAUCCAGGAGAAGUUCUGACUACGACUCCAGACCGGAUAAGAAUCCUCGGUUUCGUGAGAGUGGUGACUCUGAUGAUGAUGAGGAAGAUGGCCUGAAGAGACGCACUUGAUAUCUAAUAGUGCUACUGUGUGAUAACAACUGAUCGUUCUGUUCUUUGUUUAAGUAUUUUCUUUUAACCAACUCAGUUUCUGAAAUCUUUCUGGGCGGCAAUUUAUGCCGAAAGAAUGAACGGUGCAUGUACCUUAAGAAAUUACGGGUUAAGUAUAAAAUUUAGGAAAAUUCGAACU